AUGGCUCAGCGCCCCCUCCUCUGUCGUCUCCCUCGCGGUCUUCUCCUCUCCCCCCCCAUGGCCUCCGCCGAAAUCCCCAACGCCGACACCGCGGAACCCAACCGCCGCCCCCGUUCGCCGUCGCCUCCGCUCCCGCCGCGCAAGCGCCGCCUCUCCCUCUCCCCUUCACGGUCCGCCUCCCCCAGGCGCUCCGUGUCUCGCUCCCGCUCCCCCCGCGACCGUCGCAGCCGCAGCCGCAGCCGGAGCCGGAGCCGCAGCCGCAGCCGUAGCCGCAGUCGCAGUCGGAGCCGGAGUCCGCGCCAGCCCGAAGGCAAGCGGCGGCGGCAAAACGACCUCACCGUCGAGGCGUGCCGCGACUACCUGCGCGACAGGUGCACCCGCUCCGACCUCGAGUGCAAGUAUGCGCACCCGCACCAAUCCGUUUCCGUCGACAGGGACUCCAAGGUGACGGCAUGCGCGGAUUCGCUGAGGAACAACUGCUUCCGGGGCAGAACCUGCCGCUACUACCACCCGCCUCCUCAUAUACAGGAGUCGUUGCUGAGAUCAAUUGGUUUGGACGUCCCACAGGUGAAGACGGUUUGCAGAGAUUUCGCACGUGGGCGAUGUUCAAGAUCAGCAAAUGAGUGCCGCUUCUUGCACCAUUCAUCUGUUCAAGAGUGUGCAAUUGUUUGCCAAGAUUUCUUGCGUGGGAGGUGUGAGCGUAUAGCAUGUAGGUACACUCAUGUCAUAGCACAACCAAUGCUACCCCCACCAAUGAGGGAUGUUCCCAUGCAAAUGCCAUAUCCUGAGAUGGUUUACAUGCCACCACCACCACCACCACUGGGCGUACCUAUGAUGGCUCCUCCUCUCUCACCUCCUAGAGGUUUUGCUGAUAACAAGAACACAGUGGAAGUUUGCAGGGACUACUUGAAGAAAAUGUGCAAUAGAGAAUCAUGUAGAUUUGCACACCCUGAUUCACAAACUGAGGUGGCACAUGACAAGGUUGAAGUUUGCCGUGAUUUUAAACGAGGAGAAUGCACUCGACCUACAUGCCGCUUUUACCACCCAUCCUCAAGCUGAAGUUCUGUUAGAUAAAUCUUGCGCGCCUCGCUCUGCUGCUGCUGCUGCUGCUGCUGCUAAUCCUGCUACUGCUGCGAAAGAGCUGCCGCGCUGGCUGUUGUGCUGCUGCUAAGGUGCCAUAGAGUAUUGAGACCCUCACAAAGUGCUAUGUCUCUCGAAGAAAAAUAAACUUGUUACUAUCGUGUGAUGUUCAGAUGGUUUGCUUGAACUUGACUCAGCUUCGGAUCGCCUUCUUCACAAUGGACUCUGCAUGUGUGGUUGUGUAUUUGCGUUCAUAAAGAUGUUUUUAGACUUUUAGCUGCGAGUUGCUUUGCAGUUUUGCAUAAUUGAAUCUUGUUUACCAUCA